AUGUCUAAAGCUUUGAAUAUUGAUGGCAUUCCAAACGAUGAUCACGAGCAUUAUAAAUUAGAUGGGAAUAUAAUAAUAGCAGCCUUAAAUCAAGCUGGAGAAGUAGGUCCCAGACCUUUGAAAAUAGAAUUACUUGAAAAAAAACGGGGUUACUUUCGAAAGAGAUGGGCUAGAUAUUUAUCAAAUUUUGAUAUUUUUAAAUUCUUACCAAAACUAUCAGGAGCAUUACAAUUACAUUUUCCGGAUUCUUGUAUUUCUUUAUUGACGGGACAAUGGGUGAAUGG